GGUAGUCCGAACUUGUCGUACAAGCCGGUCAAGGGUCGUAAAAGCGAAAUUUGAGUAACAUUGGAAUUACAUAGUUUUCGGUCAUAAAUAAAAGACAAAAACAUCAGUACAUCGGUGAAAGGGCACACAUUCGUACACCACUCAAGGAGCUACUACGUAGAAUUCUCGUGCAAGAAGAAACAAGGGUCGUCCGCAAGUGUAACAGUUGUAAAACGAGGGAGUGCAUUGGCCAAAAACUGAGUGCUACGUCCGUGCAGAACUAUUCUUUACAACGCGAACUGAUGUGGUUGGUCAACCUAGGCAUGGGAGAGGCAGAGUUUUGACAGCUGCGAGCGAGUCUACAAACAGAGGUGUUAUGAGAGGUUUUGCAUUUUGAGAGUUUCGCGUCAGAAGAUAUGAGCGUUGUCUGCCUAGUCUGGUUUCUAUCGAUUGGCCGCUUCUUCGAGAGACACGCUCGCGUAGUUGUUUCCGUAAGUGUAUUUCAUCACACGACGAACCCAUUGAAUUUAAAACUACACAUCAAACAGGAGUGACUCAACUAUUUGCAACCCACCCUUGCAACUAGUUAAUCAAAUAAGAACUACCCGCUGUACUUCUACGCAAAAAUUUCAAAACCCACGACGACGCACUUGUCUCUCGACAUCAAAAACCAUUUUCCUUCUCUAGGACACAGCAGAGGACACAAAUUUUUUUCAGUUCAUCCGAAUUGAAAAAAACACAACAAAAAUGGCUGACAUGAUCAAGACGCAGGCUCUGGAGUGCCCGGCCCAACAGGCCAUGGGUGAGAAGUUGCCAGGUAUAGGAACUUGUUGAGUACUACAAAUGGUUGGUUCUUGCAGUAGAACACAAAUGUGCAUGACAGAUUGUGAUUCUGAUUUACUUAACGCAUGAGAAAUUGUCGAAAAUCACAUUUAAUACAGCUAUGUCUCCGGGCUUGAACCUGUACCCAACGAUCUGCGAGGGGACCCACUUAUCCACUGCAAAAAACAUCGAUCUGGGUGGUUCUCGAUAAAAAGGAGAAGAAGAAGAAUUAGAGCAGUCCAACCGUACCCGACAUUGAUAUUGUCCAGCCAUGCUAGUCACGCAUUUAGAUUUGAUGCAAAAUCACUUCGGGGGAACUCACUACCAGAUCGAUGUAAAUUUGUAUUGCAUACCACUGCAUGCCCAACGAAUCCGGUGACGCGGCUGCCGACCCCAACGACCUGAUGUACUUACUACUUCCAAAACAAUUUUUAAUCAGUGUGAUGUAGUACUAUUGUGGUAUUUGUAUCAAAAACAUGACUGUCGUUCCAAGAUUCGCAUGACAAAUUCGAUAAUAAGUUUGCUUCAUCGUUCUGUGUAGCAUGAGACAUUUUACCCCUUAUUUAAAAAAACAGUCCGUGCUUCGGGUGCCUGUUCUGCAUCGAGUCCCUGUACUGCACCUUCCCGGCCUGCAUCGGGUGCUCCGGUAACUCCGAUAUCCUGUGCAAAAGUUAUCGUACUCGUAGUAAUGGCAAUCAUGUAUGACAUUGACAGAUCUAUUUUCAAAGGGAAAACAGCAUUACAAAUUGUAUUUCUCAUGCUGAGUGAAUUUGUCAUGCGAUUUCUACUAGUGCGAUGCUUUUGCAGUUCAUAUCCGAAGUGCUGUUCUGCCAGCAGACUGUCGCAUGCUGCAAGCCGCUGGACUGCAAGGACGCCGAGAAGCGCUGCUGCGCCUGCGAUAACUGCAACAUGUACAUCAAUUACAGAGAUGAUUUUUUCUUGAUAGUCUUUUCUGUUCCACGACAUCGAAUUUAGAUGGUUUGGUUUUACUGUUAGAUGCUGGCUUUGGUCUACUGUUGUGUUUCUGCACAAUGGAAAAUACGAUGAAAAAGUCGAGGAAUGAAGAUUUUUUCCACGCAGUCCUCCAAGUUUGGAAUUUUAAAUAUUUUUGAUUCUUCAGGUACCUGAUGCAGCCCCGCACCCUGGUGCAGUGCAACCAGCAGUGCUUCUGCAUCGACGUCCGCGCGGCCCUGUACGCGAGUGUGAUCACCAGUUUCCCACGAGGUUUGGCCAUAAAACUUGUUCAGCGGAUAAGUUAUUCCCAUGUAUGUUGAUGAUGCAGAGAAAGAAGAAGAUCCGAAAACAGAAGUAUUAUACCCAAGAAGAACACGACGACUCUGUGCCGUAGAUGGAAACAAGACCAUCGGUUCUUUCACUUGGUGGAGUUGUUCCGCAUGUAGUUGACAAGUUUACAGAAGGUCAAACUUCGGAAAGUUUUUUUCCGUUCCAUACCCUGCCGUGCACCAAGGAUGUGCCGAUGAUCGUGAACAUGAUGGGCAUCAACUGCUUCCCCACCACCGGCUGCUGCAAGAAGGUAUUUUUGAAAAUUUGUCAUGCUGUUUUUCGCAAGAGGAAAGGGUUCUGUGAUGUAGUUUUUGCAUACAGUGUUUUUACGGAUGAUAGGUACAUAAAAGAUCGCCUUCUGAAUCGAACAAAACAGCUCGGCGCCAUCACUGGUAAUGACAAGAAGUAAGCGGCUCCUGCGCAUUGUCACCAUCUUCAUGCCCAUGCGUCGGGAAUGGCAAGUUGACUCUGUCUAGGAGAUGACAAAAAUUACACGUUAUUUAUCACCUAUGCUGCACAGCUUCUCACUUCUAAAACUGUUUACUACUAGAUUACGGUCAGGAAUUUAAACCAUUUCAAUUUCUCAGAGUAUUAUAACCCAGAUUUAUUACAGACAGAAGUCGUUAUCAGGAGGGGGCUGAGGACGACUCGGAUUGAGUACAAGAUCAUUACAGCGCAACCUUUGUUAGCAAAUUUCACGUGCUAAUUUCUCACUGGUUUCAAAAAACUGUAAGAAAUAGAUCAAGGCCAUAAUUUUUGUUGUGCUACGUUGGACGGCAUUUCGCAAAUGCAAAACGCACUUUUUUACUAGUUUCAGGUUUUUUAUUGUCCUUUAUCUUCCAGCCCACAUGGUACGAUGGUAUUGUGGUUUGGGUUCCCACACCAUAAUUUGCAAACCGCAAACACGCAAGUCCACAAUUGGAAAAACUUCCACGGAGCUGCUUCAACAGGUGUGGCUUUGAUGAAGAUGGGCCGCUAAAGAACCUAAGCUAAGAACCCCGCCGCAUCUGCGACGUCCACUUUAUUUUACAGUAAGUGUCACUCCAUUUGUCCCAGAAUUUUUACUACCAAGAAGCGGUCACAGUGAUAGGUCGUAUGCUAUUGAGCUAUCGGCGAGAGAGGUGGCGGUGCUUCGAUUGUUUCUAGAUUAAGAUGUAGAAGUUGCGGCUCGCGACUUUUGGACCACUCGAAUAAAUCUGGACCGCAAGUCUGCAGUUCAGAAAGGCAGAAUAGAUCUAGACAACGAGUCAUCAACUCUGGUACGUCUACUGUCGCUGCUUGUAGCGGACUUUUUGCUGACUAGGCUCACUACGAGGAAAGAACACAGCCCCGCUGACCGUGUAAGAAUAAGUACUAUCACAUCGUUUCUCAGAUUUAUAGAUGUUUACAAUUUUAUCAAACUCUCAUUCUCUUCUCCUCCGAAACAAAAAUUUCUCGGACUGUGAAUAUUGCAUGACGACAAAGAGAUGAUUGGUCCGUUUCUAUUCCUUCUGGGUUCGGUGAGCAGCCACGUCCGCAAUGUGCUCGCAAAACCUCUCUAGGGGGUUGAGCGCUAUUGCUGCACUUAUACAAUUUUUAGCACCUGUACGAGAAGCAGUAGAAAACUACCAUGCGUCGCUCUGAACAUGAGUAAGUAGCAGCAGAGCUUUAGAUUCUCGCCACGAUAAGGCUCUAUGUUUUCGUAGCUACUUUGACUAGCGGCUGUGGAAAUAUAGGCCUCUCCUUUUGCUUGUCAGCGGAGACGUACAAAAAGUCGGGAGGACAAUUUAUUCGCGCUACGAGACUGCACGUCCGAAAAUUCAAAAUACAAAGCGCUGCGCCUGAGGCAGGGCCGCAGGCGGUGAGCCGUGCUGUGUGGUCCUUGUGCCGCCACGGCCUGCGAUUACAUCAACGUUGGUUGUCGUCGUGUGCAGAGGAGGUGGUCGGCUG